AUGGCGUCGUCAUCAAACAUCUCCGUGCUGACGAAGUCACACAACAUCAUCGCGGCAAAGAGAAGAGCGAAGAAAGAACAACUCAAAGAGAUAGUUUUCGAUGAUUCAGCCCGUAGAGACUUUCUGACGGGAUUUCAUAAGCGCAAGGUGCAGAAAAAAGAAGCCGCGAAACAGAAGGCGAUGGAGCGGGAGAAGCAAGAUAGACUAGAGGCUCGGCGGGAGCAUCGUAAAUUGAUCGCGGAGCAAGCCAAGAAGAACGCUGAGCAGGCAGAACGGGCAUACCGCGGGACGCCUGAAGACGGAGACGACAGUGGCGCAGAGAGUAGUGGCUCUGUCGUGUCAAACAGGAAAGCGGGUGCCGCGCCGGAGGAGCAAGAAGAAUAUGAAGACGAAGAGCAGCUCGCCACCGUGACUGUAGUCGAGGAAUUCGACCCAGAUUCUCUCAUCCACGGUACUCGAACUCCUUCUCGAACAAACACCGACGAUGAUAAGGCCCGGCCCAUUAAGUCUGCACCCGUCCCUCAAUCGAGAGCCAAGCUGGUCGAAACGGCCAAAACCAAGGCGAUGCAUAAAACCUCGGCCAAAGCGAAGGAUAUCAAGUAUCAAACGAGCGCUGCGCGAAAGACGGAGCGCACCAAGCAGCGUCAACGUAAGAUGGAGAAAGCUGAGAGAGCGGGGGGCAAAACGUCAAGACGAAAAGGUGGUGCGGCGAAACACAGACGAUAG